UUCAGUUGCUAUUGAAGUCUCAACCUGGCAAGGCGAACGAGCCGAGCUUGAUUAAGUUAGCCAGCAAACGAAAAGCAAUGUUAUCGCCGCAACUACUGAUUCUGUGCCUAAUCGCGGGGUUACAACUGCUUUCCAAGGCUGAAGCUGAUCCCAUGAUAGAGGUCUUCAAAUGGAAGCAGAUGGACUUCUACAAUCGUGGCGAUGGACAUUCGGGGCUAACCGGCAGACCAGACAGACCCAGCUUCUCAGCUCCGGUUGUCUUCCCAGGAAGGUAUUCACGUCGGAAGCGUGAGACUAUGACCUCCCGCGAUUCGCCGGUGGUCAUAAAUAACCGUGUGGGUAGUGAUGACCCCAAUGCCCCCUACAUUCCGUACAACAAUGUCCCAAUGGGAACGACUCACUUCCGGGGACGCCUUUUUGUCACGAUGCCGCGACGACGGGUGGGCAUCCCGUCCACCUUGAACUACAUCGAUUUGGCCAAGGAUGGACUAGAUCGGAGCCCCAAGCUGCGGGCCUAUCCCAACUUUGAGCUCAACCAGUUCAACGCGAGUGCGGAAAACCUGGUGUCCGUAUACAGGACCUCCGUGGAUGCCUGCCAGCGACUUUGGUUUAUCGACACUGGAAUGCUGGAGUACCCAAAUAACCGGCAACAGAUUCGUCGUCCCAGUAUCUGGGUGGUCGAUUUGGCCACCGAUCGAGUGCUGAAGCGCUUCGACAUCCCGGAGAGCAUUGCGGAGACGGGUCGCGGAUUGGCCAGCAUCACCGUCGAUGUGCAGGCGGGAAAGUGCGACGAGGCCUACGCCUAUAUUCCCGAUCUGGUGUACCGGCGACUGUACGUCUAUCACCUGCGAAACGAUCGGAUGUGGUCCUUCGAGCACAACUACUUCAACUUCGAUCCGCUUUCCGGGGAUCUGAGCAUUGGAGGACAGACCUUCCGCUGGGAUGACGGCAUCUUCUCAGUCACCUUGGGAGCACACAAGCCAGAUGGCAGCCGGGACGUCUACUUCCAUCCCAUGGCCAGUACGCAUGAGUUUGUGGUGUCCAACCGCGUUUUGCAGCAGGAGUCCAAUGCUGCGCGCUCAGAUCACGGAAACGAUUUCCGGGUUCUGGGAAGCCGCGGUCCGUCCACACAGUCCACGAUGCACGGAUACGAUCCAAGAACCGGAGUGAUCUUCUUCGCUGAGAUCCAGAAAAACGGAGUGGGCUGCUGGAAGACCAGCAAGCCGAUCUCGGCGGAAAACUAUGGCACUGUGGACUCCAAUGCAAGGGAUAUGAUCUACCCCAGUGACUUGUCGAUCGACGAGGAAGGAACUAUUUGGGUGAUGUCCAACUCCAUGCCCAUCUUUAUUUACUCCACGCUGGACACCAAUGUAUACAACUUUCGCAUUUGGAAGCAAAAGGCUUCGCUGGCGAAAAGGGGAACAGUUUGUGAGUGAUUUAAGAGGAAUCGCUCGAAUGGAUGUUGCCCACGUUAGUUAAAUAAGUAACAAUAUAUACUUAAGUGAAUCGAAAUUACCCACUGAAACUUUUGUACAAAAUAUAUGCACCGUUGAAAUUGA